AAUGACAAGCAGAUUAGCACGCCUUUGGCAACCGGGAAAUCCACAACGACGCGUCUUUCUUCCAGAUUUCUGGAUGGCUGUGGUAGAAUCACCAAGUGUUGGAAGGAAUCGACUUCCGAGGAAUUGUGUUAAAUUUGAGGUUGAUCCGCGAAUGUCUCGUCAUGAUAUUCGUGAAUAUCUCACAAAAAUUUACGAUUUACCGGUUCGUGAUGUGAGAACAGAAGUUCAAAUGGGCGAUAUUACAUGGAAUUCAAAACUAGAUCAUCAAUACAAAAAAGCAAUGUGGAAGGAUGAGGAUAAAAAGAUUGCAUACGUGUUCAUGUCAAAAGGUUUCGAAUUCUCAUAUCCACAAAUGUUCGAGGCAUUGGAAGAAGAUUUGGAAUUAGUGAAAGCAAUGAAACAACAAGAAGAAUUGAAGGAUAAACUCAAUGAGCGAUAUGCCAAUAGGAACAGACGUGUUGGACAAUUCCUUGGCGCUUAAUUUGAAAUCUUCUGUAUAUUUGUGUUUUUGAUUCAUUUUUUAGGAUCUUUGUUUUGUUCGUUUCUGCUAGAUCAAUAAAAUUUUAAAAUCUU